CCCGGGGAGGGCUGCUUCCUGCUUUUCGGUGUGGAGCAGGUGGCAGCCUGGCCACGCGCAGGACCUCGUGCUGGCACUGGUUGCAGGUGACCUGUACUUGGUGAGAUGAGUGAUUCGGAAGAUGAGGAUACUCCACAGCUUUCUUCCCACGCCUUAGCAGCUCUCCAGGAAUUUUAUGCUGAGCAGAAGCAACACACUGAACCAUGUGAGGAAGACAAAUACAAUAUUGGGAUAAUAGAUGAGAACUGGCAGUUGAGCCAGUUCUGGUACAGCCAGGAAACAGCCUUGCGGCUUGCACAGGAAGCCAUUACUGCUGCUGGGGAAGGUGGCAGAAUAGCCUGUGUGAGUGCACCCAGCGUGUACCAGAAACUCAGAGCACUGCACAGACAAGACUUCUCUGUGUAUAUCUUUGAAUACGACAGAAGAUUUGCCAUGUAUGGGGAGGAAUUUAUCUUCUAUGAUUAUAAUCAUCCACUGGAUUUGCCUGAAAAAAUUGCUGCACACAGUUUUGAUAUUGUUGUGGCGGAUCCUCCAUAUCUUUCUGAAGAGUGCCUCAAGAAGACCUCAGAAACCAUCCAGUACCUGACACGGGGCAAAGUCCUCCUGUGCACAGCUUGAACUCUGGGCCUGGGUGCUGUCCCUCAGCUCGUCAG